AUGAGGUUCUCAGCAUCUUUACUGGCCCUCGCCAGCCUCGCCCCUCUCGCCCACGCCGCUACGCACGAUCUGAUUGUGGGGACAUUUGGAACCAAGGCUCUCUACACGCUCGAGUUCGAUGACGAGGCGUUGACUUUGGACCUAGUGGCCAAUACGAGCACAACUAUAUCCAGCUCUUGGAUUGCUCUCAGCAACGCCACCAGCAUCGGGCUCGACAAGGCUGUCGUGGCAGGAGGCAACUGCACCUCCACCAGUAUUUACGUGGUUGCCGAUCCACACCCACCCUACGCGGUAUAUGGCUCCUUCUUUGGCGGCGAUGCGGGAUGCGGCGCCGUGAUGUCGGUCGAUGACGGCGUUCUGGAUGCCUCGAUUCUGAACUACACCUACUUCACGUCUUCGGGAGUUCAUGGGACGGCAUUUGGCCCCGAUUCCAAGUUCAUCUACUCGGCCGACGACACUGGCAACACUCUAUGGACUCAUAGUGUAGAUUCAAGCACCGUAUGCUCACAUGUCGUCUACCCGCUCAAGCAGUCCAACGACAGCGCUUCCGAUUUCUGGGCCGACGAGGUAGCACUGUCGGCCAGCGGAUCGUACGUUUGGGCGACGAACCGAGCUCGGAGCAGUACUGCGGGAUACAUUUCGGCCUUUACACUCGACGAGUCUGGGGCCAUCCUACAGCAGAACUUCCUGCUGCCAACGACCUCGACCGGCGGAGCGGCAAACAGCGUGGCGCCAAGCCCCUUCAGCGACCGAUUCGUUGCUCUAACGGAUUCCAGUGUAGGCUUUGUUGAAAUAUGGGAGUUGGCUGAGGACGGACAGGCGGCAAGCGUUGUCGCCCAUAUUGACCUGGUUGACGGAGGCUGCUGUGCCAAUGCUGUUUGGUACUCCUAG